AUGAAUGCAACAAUAGACGAUGAUACACUCAUCAUUUAUUUAUCCAAUAUAGGUCUAUUUAUUAUGCGUUAUGUUCUUUUGAUUAUGAUUAUUCUUGGUCUUAUUGGAAACUUCUUCAAUAUACUUGUUUUUCAUCAACCUAAACUUCAUUCAAAUCCAUGUUCAUUUUAUUUAAUUAUAGCUACUUAUGUUAAUAUUGUUUGGAUUAUGACAAGUCCAUUAUCACGAAUGCUUGCUACAUUUCAACUUGAUUUAUCAGAGAAUAUUAAUAUUCUUUGUAAAAUACGUCAAUCUCUUUCUCAUACAUUUUCAAGUUUAUCAAUGAUUUCUAUUGCUUUUGCUUCAGUUGAUAGAUUUCUUAUUAGUAGUUCACAAGUAGAAUAUCGUCAAUUAAGUUCAUUACAUAAUGCUCAUUUUGAUAAAUCUCCAUCAAUAACAUGUACAAUAAAUACAACACGUAUAUAUGGUCUUUAUAACGAAAUAGCUCGUUUAAUAGUACUUGUAUUUAUUCCAAGUAUGCUUAUUCUAAUAUUUGGUUAUGGAACAAUACAACAUAUAAAGAAAAGUCGACAAAUGAGUGAACCACCAGGAAAUACUAUUCAUCGAACUGAUCGACAUCUUACUCAUAUGGUAAUCGGACAAAUAAUUUUAAUUUUGAUAUCAUAUAUUUCAAAUACAAUUCAACGUAUUUAUUUAGUUCUUACUUAUAACAUUAAAAAAAUAAGUCCAUUACAUUUAAGAUUUGAGUUUAUUAUCAUAACGAUGUCUGCACAAAGAUUAGAAACAAUUGGUCGUCAUAUUCGCUUAAGUACACAAUAUAAAAAUGAACAACAACAACCACAAUAUCGUUAUACAUUACCAAAUGGAAAUUUAACCAACGAGCAACGUGAAUUUUAUGAAAAAAAUGGUUUUAUUGUUAUACGAAAUUUAAUUUCACCUGAAACACUUGAACAAUUUAAUAAACGUUUUCAAGAUAUAUGUACAGGUAAAGUUCCAACAUUUGGUAUGACAAUAAUGAAAGAUAUAGCUAUUGCAAAAUCGGAAUUUGUUGAUGGUGAAAAAGCUAUAACAAAAAUUCAAGAUUUUACAUUAGAUGAUGAAUUAUUUCAAUAUUGUUGUUUACCUGAAAUUAUUAAAUAUAUUGAAAAUUUUACUGGUCCAAAUAUAAUGGCUAUGCAUACUAUGUUAAUUAAUAAACCACCUGAUCCGGGUACUCAAACAUCACGACAUCCACUUCAUCAAGAUUUAUAUUAUUUUCCAUUUCGACCAGCUGAUCGAAUUGUUUGUGCAUGGACAGCCAUGCAACAUAUACAUCGUGACAAUGGAUGUCUUGUAGUUUUACCUGGAACACAUAAAGGUGAACUUCUAGAACAUGGAUAUCCAAAAUGGGAGGGUGGUGUCAAUAAAAUGUAUCAUGGAAUACAAAAAUUUGAUCCAAAUGCAGAACGAAUACAUUUAGAAAUGUGGACAGGUGAUACUGUAUUUUUUCAUCCAUUACUUAUUCAUGGUAGUGGAACGAAUAGAACCGAAGGGUUUCGAAAAUCAAUAUCUUGCCAUUAUGCAGAUUCUGCAGGUGAAUAUGUUGAAUGUGAUGGUCGACAAGAAUUAAUUUCAAAAGAAGUUACAGCAGUUUUUAAAAAACGAACAGGUGUUGAAGAUGCACGUUUUGAGGAUAUUUGGAGAAUUAAAAGUCGACUUGUUCAAGGUGAACGAAUAAAUUUAUAA